AUGCUGGUCGGGAUCGACAGUCAUGCUUCGGCUCAGAAGCUGUGCCUCGACUCGUCGCAACCGCAGACGCCCAAGGACCAGCUGCAGAUCUGCCGGCAGUACAACAACGAGAGCUGCUGCACGAAUGCGCGGAACGUGAAGAUCGCGGAGAAUCUGCUCAAGUACAGCACCGCCAUGGGCAACAACCCCGGCGCCAAGAACUGCCUCCGCGCGCUGGAACGCGUGCUGUGCGCCUACUGCAAGAACGAGCGAAAUGUGAAGGUCGCGCACAGCAACGCCAUGGGCAACAUCCCCGGCGCCAAGAAUUGCCUCCGCGCGCUGGAACUCGUGCUGUGCGCCGUGAGUGCUGCGCAUGUGGUUUGGGCUGGAAAUGCCUGGGUGCGUAUGGAGAAAGAUAUGGGUUCUCCUUGCCGUGAGUGCUGUUGUGUGGACGCUCCCCUUGCUGUGAGUGCUGCGCGUGUGGAAUGCAAGCAGUACUGUCUGGGACGUUGGCGGCAUGGUUCCCAUGCCCAACAACCCCUCUCAACGUCCCUCUUCUCCCUUUCCCUCUUCUCCCUUUUUCUUCCCCUCUCUCUCCCUCCUCUCCCUUCUUCCACCCUCCCUACCCUCCCCCACCAGGAGUGCGACCCCUACGCCUCGCAGGUGUACCGUCGCGACCACACAGGGCGCUAUGCCGACGUGCCGUACCUCUGCACGGCCCAGUCGAACCGCGACCCUGUUGAGACGCAGCCCUUCUGCUCCACUGUCUGGGACGUCUGCGGCAUGGUUGGCAUGCCUUACAACCCUUUCGUCGCCACCAAUGACCCUCGCUUCAUCUCGCUUUACGACGUUUACUUAACUAAGGGCGAGUUUUGCCGCCGGUUCAUGCCCCCGAAUAAGAACCCCGGUGACGGGCCGAAGAUUUGCUACCGGGGUAAACCGGUGGAUUACCCGGAUGAGUUGGGGCAGGAUCUGUUGCCGCCCGUGAAUAACAUGUGUGUGGAGCAGAUUGGGUUGAGUACAAAGAAUGAUAAGAGCGAGGAGAAUAGUUACUAUGUGGCCAUGACCCCGCAUCCGGACCAAUCGCGGCGUGCGUUUUUCCUGGAGCGGGCGGGCAGGUUGUUUCUUUACAAUCUGCCCGAGCCGGGGUCCUCGGACCAGCUUCCUUCGGAUGGGGGCUCACCGUUUCUCGACAUCAGUGGCUUGGUGGCACAGGGGGGGGAGCAGGGGGCGGUAGGAAUCGCCUUUCACCCCGACUACACCAGCAACGGCCGCCUCUUCGUCUCUUUCACCUGCGACUCUUCAGUAAACCCCGACUGCAAGGCUGCUGUCUGCGGCUGCUAUAAAGCUGUCAACUGCUCAGAGGAAAACGUUCAGGCGGCCAAUCCGGACGGGCGCUGGGGCACGGGGGGCAUGUGCCGCAACGUGACUGUGGUGGCGGAGUUUUCUGCGUGCAGUGACACCAUCUGCACGCCUGCUAAGAUCUCCCAGCCUGAAGCAAUGUGGGGCACGGGGGACCUGUCACGGAACGUGACAGUGCUGGCUGAGUUCCCACAGUCCCGACAGUGCUGGCUGAGUUCCCACAGUUCCUUUCCUACAGUGGUGGCUGAGUUCCCACAGUUCCUACAGUGGUGGCUGAGUUCCCACAGUUCCUACAGUGGUGGCUACUGUCCCUACAGUUCUCUGCAUGCAGUGACACGCUCUGCCCGCCCAACAACAACGCCGGCCAGAUCCGCUUCGGGGCGGACGGCAUGCUCUACGUCAUGCUGGGGGACGGACCCACUGUGGCGUGAACCACCCUGCUCGUAUCCUCGCCUCUUCCCCUCUCACUCGCACCCUUCAUCUGCUGCAUCCCCCUCCACCCACCCUUCUGUGCCCCCUCCACAGCAAGCGAGCAUCUCCGCCACGGUAGUGCGCUACAUAGUGCGGCUGGGGCAGCCCUUCAUCAACAACAACGGCGGGCAGAUCCGCUUCGGUGCCGAUGGCAUGCUCUACGUCAUGGUGGGGGAUGGUGGGGGCGAGCUGGACCCCCUGGGGCUGGCGCAGAACCCCAAGGCGUUCCAUGGGAAGGUGCUGAGGCUGGACGUGCUCAAUGGCAUCAGCCAACCAGGUGAAGAUGAUAUCAGGAGCAGGGAGCUGCUGGGGGCAUACGGCAUUCCCCCGGACAACCCGCACGCGCUCGACUGGGACUGGCGCGGAGAGGUGUUUGCGCUGGGCUUCCACGACCCCUGGAAGUGCACUUUUGAUCUGCUCAGGCCCUCGGUUAUGAUGUGUGGAGACGUGGGAUGGACCAAGUGGGAGGAGGUCGAUGUGGUAACCAGCGGCGGUAACUACGGGUGGAAGUGGUUCGAGGGUCGGGAAUACGCCAAUGCUAGCGAGCAGCGGCCCGUGCCGAACCAGAAGCUGCCGUCGUUUCAAUACGUGUGGAGCAACACCAGCAGCGUGGUUGGAGGGUUCUACGCGAGAGGAUACGAGGACGCGUGCUUAUAUGGAAGGUACCUUUUCAGUGACAGGAACAACCAGUUUUACGUGGCUACAGAGAAUCCCCCUUAUAGCGGCUACUUCCCCCUCGGUUCGCAACCCCUCAACGUUUCCUGCGCACCCACUUCACCCAUCCAAUGCCCGAUGCAAGGCUCGUACCGGCCUAAUUUCGGCGCGGUAUUCGCCUGGGGGCAGGACGUCAAUGGAACGCUUUACAUCCUGACCCAUCUGGGUGUUUUCCGGCUUACCUCGCCCACUGACUGCAACUUCACUUGCAGACAAAAGUUCCCGCCCGGCCCCGAUCCCCGUGUGGAUCCUGCGUCAGACCUGACUGUUCUGACCACAGGAUACCGCGAGGGCAAGAAGAAAGACGAGGCGUUUCUGGAAUUCCAAAUGGCAGACAUGCAGCAGCCGCUGCAAGGGGAGGGUGACGAAGAUGCUUUUUACGACGAAGAAGGAAAUUAUAUUGGGCCGGACGGGGAUGAGGAUGAGGUGUAUGAUCCGAACGCGGUGCAUGAUGACGAUGGUACUGGGACGUACUAUAAUGAGGAUGGGGAUGAGAUGGGGCACCAUGGGGAUGGGGAUACGGUGGUGGAUGAUGGAGCGACGGAGUAUGGUCCGAGGAGUGUGCAUAGUGGGUAUGGUGGAGAGGGGGGGUAUGCUGAGAGUGAGGUAGGGUCUGAGUAUCCAGGGCAGGGGCAUGGGGGGUAUCAGGGAGGUGGGGUGAGGGGGGAUGGGAUGUCUGAUGUUCAAUCGGAGUAUACGGCGCAAGAUGAUUGGACGGAUGGAGGCUCUUACUACGAUCGCCGCUGA